CUCUCGUAUCACACAAAAUGCUCAGAUAGUUUCUCUCGAAUCUCUCAACAUGACUGUACACCGCCUGGCCUCUGCAGCCAUACAGCUUUCCUGACGCAAGCCUCUUGUCCAAGCAGUGGGUCUAGGAAAUCCUGGUGCGGCAAGGGUGUUAGCCAGCAGGCACCUUCCUGUCUCAUGGGCGCAAGGGAGUGAGAGGCUGGUGGGGCCACAAACGACUGGGGCCUAUGGUACUACAGGUGCGUGUUUAUAUAUCUUUUCCGCCCUUCCGUACUCGCCCGCUCCGUUUCCAGGUACCGCCCUGCGACACGUUUCAGCCGUCGCUUGGCGCUUGUCCCUCCCGACGCGUUGAGCGCGUUUCACCAGAAGUGCCGUCGGUCGGCCACUUCCAACAGUGGGCAUAUGUACAAUGCUAUCCACCGCAUAUCAACCGUGGGAUCUUUCAAGAUGCAUCGAUGAGGCCUGAAACUUCAUGGCCCAAUGACCUAUAUGCGCAUGUUGGUUUCCCCGACCCGUCAACCAGGUCGGGUACUUAUCCCGAGGGCCACGAAAAGGCCUGCACCAGGACCGAGCUCGACAAGUGCGAGCAACGGCCCUUCCCUCGAGACCUCCUCCCAUCCGCUCCCCGCUCUCCCCAUCCUCUCGACAAUUACAAUGCAGCAUCACAAAGAAAUAGGAACGAAACGAAGAAAAAUGAAGAAAAUAAAAAAGAAGAACGGACCUAUCGCGGUCCCGCAGAUAUUGAACCCACGACACGCGAGAAGAGACACCCGGCUAGCGAGCACCUCCCCUCCAGACGACGGCGACCAGCGCACACCGCCCACCUCAAGCGCAUCGACACUGAGGGGAGUCCCGUUCUUGGUCACUUCAACCCAAGGCGGAGCACUGUAAAAGGAUAAUCAGCUGCGGUGACGAUCUCAUAGAAGGGGCUAACCUGAUCUUGAGCAAGGACGUGAACCGGCAACCCUAACGGCGCUGCAUGGCAUGAUGAAUGGAUAGCGUGAGUAGAUGGCGAUGAAAUAAAGGGCGUUGCUCACCCAGUGGACGCGAAAAGCCCGCUACCUGCAAUUGAAAGGAAGAAACCUGUGAAACAAAAGGGAGAAGAGGAAGGAAGAGGAAGAAGUGAGGAGAGGGCAUUCGCGCGAGCUGGGCGGAUGUAUAUAGGCAUGG